GUUGCAGAAGAAAGAAAGUACAUAGAGAAAAACAAACUGUUUCGUAGACUUUUUAUUUCUUUAGCUUUUGAGUUCUAUAAUUAAUGGAGUGGAUACGUCGAGAAACAAUUGGUCACGGAAGCUUCUCCACCGUUAGUUUAGCCACUACCUCUGGAAGCUCAACAUCCUUUCCUCCCUUGAUCGCUGUAAAAUCCUCCGGAGUCGUUUGCUCCGCCGCGUUACGUAACGAGAGAGACGUUCUUGAUGAUCUCGGCGACUGUUUAGAGAUCGUGAGGUGUUUUGGAGAAGGAACAACGGUGGAGAACGGAGAAGAGGUUUACAAUCUGUUUCUUGAGUACGCUUCCGGUGGAAACUUGCGUGAUAUGAUCAAGAAGUCCGGCGAAGGGUUGCCGGAGUUCGAAGUGAGGCGGUUCACGAGGUCUAUUGUCAAGGGACUGUGUCAUGUCCAUGAGAAUGGUUUUGUUCAUUGCGAUGUGAAGCUUGAGAACGUUUUGGUGUUUGGUGAUGGAGACGUGAAGAUUUCUGAUUUCGGGUUAGCGAAACGGAGGAGUGGGACGGUGGAUGAGAUCAGAGGAACGCCUCUGUAUAUGGCGCCGGAGUCGGUUAAUAACGGCGAGUUUGAGUCUCCGGUGGAUAUUUGGGCGUUGGGAUGGUGUGUAGUUGAGAUGUUGAGUGGCAAAACGGCAUGGUGUUUGGAGGAAGGGAUCACGAAUGUGAUGUCUUUGAUGGUUCGUAUUGGUUCUGGUGAUGUUCCGAAGAUACCGGUGGAGUUGUCGGAGGAAGGGAAAGAUUUCGUGAGGAGGUGUUUUGUUAAAGACCCGGUGGAGAGAUGGACGGCUCAGAUGCUUUUGGAUCAUCCGUUCUUAGCCGUUGAUGAUGAUGAUGAGAGAAGUAGUGGUUCAAUAAGGUGUGGCGAAGGUGACAAGGUUUCGGUUUCGCCGAGAGAUCCUUUUGAUUUUCCUGAUUGGAAUUCGGUUCAAUCUCCGGUUAAUGAUUUGGUUACGGUUUGUUCACCGGUUAGUUAUUCGCCGUUCAGUUAUUUUGUACGUUCCCCAGAGGAGAGAAUCAGUGGGUUAGUCAGCAUGAAUGUACCUGAUUGGUCGGUUUCGUGUGAUUGGGUCAACGUACGUGAGGUUGAAGGGAGUAUGGUAGUUUAAUUAGUGGUGAAAGACCAAGUCUUGUGAUGGAGAUUAUUUUUGGGGUUAAUUAGAGAAUUGACGGUCUUGGUUUAAUCUUUUGUUAAUUAGCUCGUUGACUAUUGUAAAUGAAUAUCAGAUUAAUUUUUGGAAGAACAUAUUUUGGCCAUUUACACACUCUGCUGAGUCUUACACCAAAUCACCAAUCAAUGUGUGUAACACUGAUUCUUACUUUGUAGUGGAUAAAAAGUUAGAUUUGUUAUUUGUCGAUUUCAUGAAAGUGUCAGACGUUGAAGGAUAGAAAGUUUUUUUUUGUGCCACCGACUAAAGUAACCAAAAUUUAGUGGACGCAAAGCUUUGUUUAAAGAACGUGCGAAACGUUCCGAGUGUAAUGAUGUAGAAGCAGCCAUAAGAUAGUUAAUUUGGGAUUAGAGAAGCCAUGCAUAGGGUAAAAAGCUGCCCUUGUUUCAGUUGGAUUCAACAGACAGAGUCAGUGGCGAAAUUGAGCUGGAAGGAGAGAGAGAAUGUAGAGAGCCGUAGAAUUUGGGCCCUUUAGGUCAUUCUUUUUUAGACAUUACAAUUGUAGUAAGCCCGAUAAAGCCAUUAUAACUGAUUCUCGUGAGCUUUGCGACAGUGCAAACCAGUUUUGUGAUAGCGUAGCGUCUCAUAGUUUAUAAAAUAAAUUUUGCUUAUACGUCCUGCAAUUUCUUGUCUACUUGUUGAGUAUGUAAAAAAUAGCAAAAUUCUUAGCCAAUGAUCAACACAGAACAUUAAAGUUGGACUUCUAA